AUGCGUUUGCUAGACGUUGAUACGCUCGAGCUGCACGAGUUCAUGGGCAGCAAUAUCCCAAAGUACCAAUAUGCUAUUCUUUCACACACCUGGGCCGAAGAGGAGGUGAGCUUGCAGGAUUUGCAGGCAGGGAGCGGCCCCUCCAAACAAGGCUACGAGAAAAUUGUUCUCACUUGCGAGCAGGCGAAGCAACACGGUUGUAAAUGGGCUUGGGUGGACACAUGCUGCAUCGAUAAGACAAGCAGCGCCGAACUCAGCGAAGCUAUCAACUCAAUGUAUCAGUGGUACGAAGAGUCGGCCGUGUGCUACGCUUAUCUUAUAGAUGUGGUCGAUAAUUUUCCAUAUGUCUUCACUUCGAAUGAAGAUGGUAAUGAGCCGCCUGCCUCUAGAUGGUUUACUAGAGCCUGGACCUUGCAGGAGCUAAUUGCGCCGUCGGAUGUUAUCUUCUAUGGUCGUGGGUGGGCGGAGAUAGGCAGGCGAUAUGAACAACGGAUUCAAGAUGCCCUCACUCACGUCACGGGGAUUCCGGAGUCUCUUAUAUCCAUACCCAGGUCCUCUUUAUCGCAAUAUAGUGUCGCCCAAAAAAUGUCUUGGGCGGCUCACAGAUUGAGCACGCGCAUUGAAGACAUAGCGUAUUCUCUGCUAGGAAUUUUCGAGAUUAAUAUGCCGCUCCUCUACGGCGAAGGCCCCAAGGCUUUCGUCAGGCUACAGGAAGAGAUUCUUAAGGAGACGGAUGAUCACUCGCUCUUGUGCUGGACCGUUCCAAGAUCUAGCCCUAGAGCAUGGUCGCUAGAAAGCGUGUUCGCGAAAUCCCCUAACGAUUUCGCAGAUUCCGGAGAUAUCGUUGGGAAUCUUUACGAUACAGGUUCACCAUCUGCAAUGACCAACAGAGGACUCCAGAUUCACGUUGAACUCGUAGAGCGACACUACCGUGUGCAUUCUCAUUUAUGUUCUAGCGAUGCUGCAACUGCUGUCUACGAUGCUAUGAUCAAUGCUUCUUAUUGGUCCGGUAUUUGUGUAGACUGGGUUUCAAUAAUACUAAUCAGAACCCCGUGGAAAGGUGAUCAUCCAUUUCGACUGCCGUUCAAUAGAUACGCCAGGUUGGCAAUACCAACGCUAGGACGAUGCGAUUCGAAGGGACCCUAUAGACUGGACGACCUAGUUCAGAUAUAUAUCAACAAAACACUUCUUCCCUGGGAACAGAAUCGGUUCGGUUCCGGGGGUGUUCAUCUACAAAACAUUUCUCUUGCGGAAAGGAUCGCACCAUUAUCCAUAGCAUCAAAACCCCAAUAUGAUGUUGACGAGUUUUGUACUGGAUUACAAAUUAAGACGGUAUACUUUUCUGGAUUACAGAAGCCGCUAUAUGAUGCUACGAAAGCUACGAAAUCUCCAACAGGAGAGAUAACGUGGUCUCCAGUUUACGGCCAUAUCAAGUUUGAAUUUGGAUCUCGACAAUCACUAGAAUACCCUUACUUUGUAAACUUUGCUGUGGGCCCUGGAUAUGGAUACAAACGAUUCAAUCUUUUCCUUAUCUGGAAUAACGAAUACAUACACUUCGGCGUUGACUCAAGUGAGUCUUCAUUAUUUGACCUAUGUCAGUCGUCUAAUUCACAGGCCGGUAUAAUACUCCAAAGUAUGUUAGAUCCGUCUAAUCCUUCAACGCAUCGAGGAAAUUGCUGGGAAAUGUAUGGCGACAUAGCGAGGGCAAGCAUACCCGUGUACGGAAGCGUAUGGAGGGUACCACGCUCUGUAAUUGAGUUCAUUCUGGGACGCGAAGACCCUUACACCAACGAUGGGGAGGCGGCAGGUAACCGUCUGCACUUCCUAAUCCGGACAGAAGAAAAAUAGGAGUCUAAAGCAUGCCGGACGCGUCUGAAUUGCAUCGCCCAUAUUAACUAUGCUAUGCUCCAAGACGAGCAUAUUCUUUAUUGAAUGCCCUACCAAUAACCAUGCGGCGUAUCUCUGAUGUUCCCGCCCCUAUUUCGUAUAACUUGGCACUAGUAGAGUGAUUAGCAGUAUAACGAUGACGACGUACAUAUGUGAUGAACUUACUCUCUUAAGAAUCUUGAUGCCGGCAUCUCUUCCACGUAGCCCAUACCGCCGAGCAAUUGUAUGCAAUCCAGCGAAGACUCGGUGGCACGCUCAGCUGCGUACAGGAUGGCGCCCGCGCAGUCCUGAGUUCUGAUCUCCCCCUCCUCGUCGACAGACUUAGCGGUAGCAUAGGUGUAUGCCCUUGACGCCUGUAGCUUCGUGUACAUGUCGGCUAGUUUUCCCUGUACAAA